CUUUUUGGCCAAUGGCGUAAUGGAGGGGACUUUGCUGUUGAAGGGUGGAAGUACGGCGCUAUGCAGCUGCAGUGUUAAACUGAUAAGAGAACGGCAAUAUGGGAGAAGUAACGACUCCAAUAAAGAGACGUCAGAUCCGCACCUGCGCUGAGGAUCCUUAAGCAUGUCCACAGAUGACAGCAUCUCUGAGGACGUGUCCAGCUCGGUGGCCCUGAGCACAGACCACCAUGUCCCCACCGACCACCACCACCACCACCAUCACGCCAACAGGAGCAAGGGCAGCGAGGCCUCCAUCGUAUCCUCCGAGGACACGGCGUCCGGCCCGGUGGGCACGGAGGACGAGCGGCCCGUGGAGCGGGAGCGGCCGGUGCAGACUCUAGAGGGCCUCCUGCAGGUGGCAGAGGAGACGAGCAGGAGCAGGGCAGCGGGGAGUCUCCCUCACAGGAUACGAGGCCUAUGUCCAGACACGGAGGAGUUGGGCUCCGACAGGCCCCUACCCUUCAUCAAUCCCAGCUCUCUGGAGACGCUCCGCGCGUUGGUGCAGGAGAUCCAAAGCAGCGGGCAGACGGAUCCCGAGGUCUGGAAGAACUGCGAGGGAAGAUGGCUACAUCUCUUCCAACUGGUGGAAAAGCAAUACCAGGAGCAGAUACUAGCCCAGCAGGAGCAGUACCAGUGCCAAAUACAGCUCAUCCAGGAUGAGAUUAAGGCCUUAUUGCAGCUGCAGCAGAAGCAGAGUGUGGAGCAGAAGGCGGGGCAAGCAGCCGCCACUCAGGAGGGCGCCGAUGCCGACACCGACGCCGACGCCAAACUAGGGGCGGGGCCUAGGAGCCUGCAGAACGGCCGAGGCUCCUCCCCCUCUGCCCCGGCCCAGGCAGCCAGUGCGGGCGAGAGCUCGGAAGAGGGCGCUGUCAGCGGAUACGGGACGCUCUCCACCUGGGAGGUAGAGCUGGAGGCGGAGUCUCACCUUCUGCCCUCCCCCUUGGCAGACUCCUGCCUAGCCAAUCAGCAGUACCAGCAGAGACCCUCCUCCACUCCUAUUGGACACACCCACCAGCACGUGCCCUGCAGGCAAGCGCUAACCUCUUGGGCACAGCGGCAUCAGCGCAGCCAGAAGAGGGGAGGUCGCAGGUCACGGCAUUCCCCUCCACCGGCUCAGGAGAAGAGCGAGGCCGGGGCCACGGGCAGGAUGCCACCAGCUGACCACCAGGAACAGCCUGGCUGCCCCGCAGACUCCUCCAGUCCCAGCUCCUUAAAGAGGAGUGACAGCCUCGUGUCGGAAGCCUCAGGUCUGACCUACUGGCGGCUGGACGAAUCGGAGCUCUACCGCCCCCUACCGGACAGCUUCUGCAGCACGUCCCCCCUCCCUUCACAGGGCAUGGCCACAGGACCAGACAGGAGUCCUCAUGCAACCCUAUGGCCAGAUCAAUGCCAGACACCGCCACCAGAGCGCACCCUGUCUGUUUCCCUGAAGGAGAUCUACCAGACCAGGAGGAGCGGGGAGCUCAAGUGCCGGGACUGGGACCCGUUGGCCGGUCCCAGCUCCACACCACCCCAGGUGUUGACCCUGGACUCUGUGGUUGGCUUGAAGCAGCCCAAGGUCACGCCAGAGGGCACGUCGGAACGCACGUCCGGCUUAGCGUCGCCGUCCCCCCUGAGCAGCCCGCACGGGCCCUGGCACCUCCACCCCGACCCGGACCCGGACCCUGCCCACCGAGACGCUGCCAGCCGGGGGUCGGAGGAGGAGGGGGGCGGCCCCUGCAGCGAGGACGAGGGCCGACACACCUCCAGCACCACGCCCACCUCCACGCUGCGCACCCAGAAGUCCGCCUCCAGGCUCAGCUCCGCCCCCAGGACCAGCCCUGCCCUCAGCUGCGCCACCAAGCUGGAGAGGACCGCGUCUCUGGAGGACCCCGUCACGCUCUCGCUAAUGAGGCAGAACCUGCGGGAGAAGCAUGCGAGACACGUGGCUGACCUGCGGGCUUACUACGAGUCCGAGAUCGCCUCUCUGAAAGAGAAGCUGGAGCUGACCCAACUGCCACAGGACGUGGAGAAGAGCAACCAGAUCCUCCAAGGAAGGUGUAAUCACCUGGAUCGAGCACUGAGGGAGGCGAGUCGCCGUAUCAGGGAGCUGGAGGAGCAGAAUCAGCAGCUGGAGAAACAACUGGGCGAGUGGCCUGAACGCUACGAGGUGGCGAGCAGUGCCGUGAAGGCCGUUCAGCAGCGACUGGAGGAGAGUCACCGCGCCGGCCGGGAGAAGGACGCCCUGCUCGCCAAGCUCAAGACCCGACUCAGGCAGCUAGAGGCGUCCGCGCAGAACGCCUGCAAGGAGCGCGAGGGCGAAGAGGCCCACAGGAAACAGGAGCACAAAAUGCUGCUGGAUCUUCUGACUGAGUAUGAAUCCCUCAGAAAAGAGCAUGAUGGUGCCAAGGACAAAUUAUUUUCAACCGAGAACAAGCUGUUUGAAGCCACUGAGCAUAUUUCUGAGCUCAAAAGGGCGAUUUCUAAGCUGGAGUCACAGGUCAAGCAGCUGGAGCAUGAGAGCCAAGCCAAGCUCCGCAUGGCUUCCCAUGCACACGCCCAGUCCACAGGAUUGUUCCAUCACCCUGACCUGCUGAUGUCGCCAAGCAAAAGGUACCAUGAGGUGGACGGGGGAAUGAGGAAAUCUCCAGUUGACCAGACGUCCCCCCAAGCCCCCGACAAAACUGGAGUCUCAGACAAAAGGCGUACGUCUCCGCCCGUGUGGGAGCCCCAGCACGACGCGACCUCUCAGACACAGACCACCGGGAGGAGGGACGCUGCGCUGACCCCCGUCAUGAGGGCCCUGAUCGAGCUGGAGGGGACCAGAGCCACGGAGGGUAAAGCGCUGUCCAAGACCAACCGUGGCUCCACCAGUACGAUGCACGCUCAGAUUCACCCAGGGUCAGGGAGGAGCAGGCCAACAGUAGGCUUCGUGGACAGCAACCUAUGGCAGUCUGUGCACACGAGGGGAGGAGCUUCAUCAAAGCCUGAGGCCGAGCCAAUGGGGAUAGCCGACGUAGCAGCGGCAGCUGAACAAAGAGGCGGGUCUGCACACAGAGGAGGAGGAGCUUUUUUAAGGGCCCAAAGAAGUCUGUCGCCUGAGGGUCAUCGCUCCUCCUCUCUCCCUCCUAGAACCCAGAGACCGCUACCUGUCUCCACUCCCUCUGCAAGAAACACGUUGAUUACGCCGCUCUCUGCAAAGUCCAGUCCUAAGCGCAGCCCAACGGAAAACAUUUCCACAGCGUUCGGCAACCCUGCUUCCAGGUACCACUGGGUGCAGCAAAACACAGCACGACACAGUGGGAUACACACAUUACUCCCAAUGUUUAAAUCGGAUCAAAGGGGGCUUGGUUCAGCUUCACUCAAAGGCAGCCCACGAAAAAGACUACAUUAUUCAGCACCUGAAAGAAGAGAAGAUGACCAGCAGGCCGGGCCUGGUUCGGCCGACUCAGCGGGCUCUGAGGGGUGCGAGGACCUGGAGGCAGGAGGAAGUGAGGUGGCGGACACGGAGAGCUGUGUGCUGGAGCUUCCAGACGAGGUGCCGCUAUCGUACCAGUCACGGCUGCAGUCCCUGGCGGACGCUGAGCGACUGCUGGACGAGCUGACGCAGGAGAAACAACAGAUUGAGGCAGCCCUAAGCAGGAUGCCGGGGGCUGGGGGCAGGGUCACCUUGCAGACCAGGUUAGAUGAGGUUACGUUAGAAAACCGUCUGGAGCGAAUCAACCGUGACUUGGGAUCGUUACGUAUGACUCUUAAGAGAUAUAAUGUACUACGGUCCUCCGCUCAUACGUAGUACUCUCUCUGGUCUCUCCAGUCUCUCAAAGCCUCAGCUGCAGGAAGCAGGUUCAUUUUUAGUCUCACUCCCUGUCCCCUCUACGAAAUGCAAUGUGUAUAUGUGAAGUACAUAUUUUCUACUUUUAUUACUGUAGAUUUCAAGAAUAUAUUUUGGAUCUUUUAUGAUAUAGAAAAAAGAAAUGAUGGAGAAUUUUAAAAUAUAUUUUAGUAAACUUCAGAUUUAUAAAGCGUUUACUUUUUUAUGUCGGUGAGAUAUAAACUUUUAUGCUUUACUCCUCUUUCAGGUCAUUUAGAUAUAGCUUUUGUAUCUUGUGAUCCAUUUGAAUGACAAAAAAGUAAAGAAUACAAAUCCAAUCCAAGAUCCCCACUCACAUGAGCCUGGAAGUUCAGAGAGUCACUCCUAAAUGGCAUUAUUUACUACUAGAGGUCCAGCAAAGAGAAGCUUUGAUAAUGUUUGGUCUUUUAAAUAAACGAAGUAUGAGCAGACAGUGUACAGUUGCCUUUUACACUUGUUAGUCAUGGAAUCUACAGUACAUCUUGAAGAACAGGACUGUAUGAACAUUCAACUUGCAUGGAUAUAGUGUAUAAAAUGACAACAAGGCAGUCUGUAGCUGGGAUAUGGGUCCAGUGAUUUUAACCAUCAAAGCACAAAAAUUAGGAAUGUGUCUUGUAUACUAUAGACCACCUUGACUAGAACCUGCUUAAUUGGACUAUGCUCACCAGAUUGAAGAUAAACAGACCAAUGAAGGCACUGGAUUUUUUUAGUCUUCCAGCUGUAGGAGUACUCUUCUGACAGUUCUAAGGUGUCAUCUGAAUGGGGAUACAUAGAUGUAAUCAUUCCAUGUGAAAAAAAUGUGAGCAGUUUCCCUGCUGUUUUUUAUGUUUACAUACAAUGCAUUGUUUAAUUUAUUGAAGUUUAAACAUCGACAUCUUUUCCUCGUUUGUUUUUAUAAAGAAUGCUUUUAAAUGGAGCUUUAUCCUUAUUUUGAUGUCACUGACUUGAAUGAAUGUCUCACAAUGGCAAUGUAAUAGAUAUAUAAUGUAUGUGAAAUCACCACUUCUGUAGAGGCCUUUUUUACGUUUUAUUCACGAUCAUUCCAAAUUUCACUCUCACUCUCACUCUCACCCCAUUCCAGGGAGUUGCUCUGAGCCUCCGUCCCAUAUUUCUCCUGACCUCUUGCAAACACCAAAACCAGCAAAGACUUGGUGCAUUUUGUUUUGCACAGUUUUCAUUUGAUCACACACACACACACACACACACACACACACACACACACACUGACAUGCAGACGUGUUGUAUGUAACUCCACUCAUGCUGGGCAUGCCAAAAGAAAUAAGCCCACUGUUUACACACACACCAUGCAACCCCCUGCCACGAAUGGUCAAGCAUGAAAACGAUGAUUGUGCAGUCUUUUACUGUUUUCCCCCCCUCCACUGUUAGCCUUUCCUAAAAUAAAUAAAUACAGUAAAAAUGCUGUUUUAAAAAAAACAAUACUCUGUAACCCAGUUGGAAAUAUCUACUCCUACAUCAAAAUUUUAUCUCAAAUAAACUUAAAGAUUGAUCCUA